UAGACACAAGAUGACAUGUUCCGUCACAUGACUGUCCAUUGUCGAUUAACCUUGACAAUUGCCAGCCGAUUGACAGUUAUUUUUAACUGGAACAUUUACCUUUUAUUUACAUUUUUGUGAUACGUUUAGUUGUUAGUGACUUGAAUUGAGCCCAAUGGAAAAUUCUCCGUUAAAUAAGGCUCACCAGCUGGAUCGGCGCGCUGAAGCCUUAUUGAAACAGAAAAAAUUCGACGAAAGCAUUGAAUGCCACCAAAACGCUAUGAAAUAUCUCCACGAUGCGUUAAAUUUGACUCAAAACCCGCGCUCGUUAGAAUCAAUCCAAUUGCAAAUUGACCACCACCAAAAACAAGUCGACUCGUUAAAAAUAAAAAAAUUGCAGUACGAAGAUUUGAGACGCUACCAAGAGUCGGUGAAAAACCGUGUUGUUAACUUCGAUUCGAUUUGUGAGAACGGGGAAACGCUCCAACACGAAAUAUUCCGCACCAUAGAAACGCACGAUUCUUUAAUCGAGGUUAUGAUGAAGCGGAAUUGUGGGGAAGAGUGUCUUAGGGACUUUUCAAGUGACGACGAAAAAGUCUCCAGCGACACGAUGAAAGUCUCGGGCAAGAAGCGAGAGGUGGACGAUUCAACACUCCUUGAAGAGUUCAAGGGGCUAAGCGAGAAAUUACGGGAGUUUGUACAAAUUUUGGUUCUCCAACUGGAGGAGAAAGACAAUGAAAUUGCACGACUCAAAGCCGAGAUUUACAAAUUAGAGUGUGAAAAAAAUAAAGAUGGUACUAAAAAUAGCAACACUCUCAGAGUCAUUACCGACUCUUCGGGAGGGACUUCCCCUUAUGUGUUCUCACCCUGUAGUGAACUAAGUCCCGAAGUACAUGACAUCAGAGGGCUUCCACCUUUGGCACCCUUAGAAAUGCCAAAUUUUGAUUUCUCAAGUUUGGUCAAAAACGCUAACAACUUGAACCUCAACGGUACAAACAACUAGGAAUUCAAGUAUUACGCAAGAUUUGUGUUCAAUUCACGACCAGUUAUUUAUGUUUUUUAUUGUUCAUCAGACGUACUAAGAUUAAAAAUACUAACAAAGUUUCUGAAAAAUAUAUUGAUCGUUACAUCAA